AGCGACUAAUGCACGGUCUAGGUAUUUCUUUCGAGUUUUGGUAAAUCUUGAGGUGUGGCAAACACGCUUUAGACACAGUAUUUUAAACAAGCAGUAUACAAGACCGAGAUUAACUAGUAGGCUAUAACUGAUAAGAAUUUUCGAAAUCAUGUCAAAAGGACUAUACACUUUUAUUGGACUAACAACAGUUGGUGCUGUCGGUUCGGCUGUGUUGGCCCCAGUGGCGCUCGCCGCAGCCGGAUUCACCUCAGCCGGUAUAGCCGCUGGUUCACUGGGGGCCAGUAUGAUGUCAUCAGCGGCCAUCGCUAACGGAGGUGCCGUUGCUGCUGGAAGUUUGGUCGCGCUCCUGCAGUCAGCAGGUGCUGCUGGGCUGUCUGCAGGUGCAACAGCAGGUGUGGCAUCUGUGGGCGGAGCUACUGGCGCUGUUUUGGGAGGGGCUCUGAAAUUGUUAAAAAACAUGAGAAAAUAAGAUGAAGAACAAAGUCAGCUGUUUUGAAAGGCCUUGCUCGUGUUGUGUUUGUGUGGCCCUGCAUUUUUGUCUGCAAUAAAUGAAUACUUUUUUCAUGCCAUUCCACUCUUUUUCAUCAAAUGUUACAGGGUUGUUCUAAAACUGAACUCUGAUGUAACCUGACAAGAAAGCAGAUCGUGCUAAAAUAUUUAGGACUACUAUGUUUUUGACUACAAUUUUGGUAGUUAUCCUGGCUGCCACAUAUACCUUUUGGAGAACCCUUUCAGUUUCCUGUAAAUUACUAAUAACAAGGCAGUAUUAUCCCCUACUGACAUCACAAGGGGAGACAAAUUUCAAUUAACAAUUGUUUUCAUGUUUGCAGAGAAUGGUUUACCAAAAGCAAGUUACUGGGUUGAUAUUUUUUUACAUUUUCUAGGUUAAUAAAGCACUUGGGACCCAAUUAUAGCACUUAAAUAUGGAAACCAGUCUGAUUUUCAUAAUCUGUCCCCUUUAAACAUUUUUAAAAGAGUUUGUUGACAUUAAAUGUCUUUAGGAAGUUAGAGGCUCGUAAUGGUGUGAUUUCCUGAAACGGUUUUGUUUUGUGCUUGUAUGUAUUGUCAUCGACAGUAAACUCACUGUUAUCAGUUUUGUUUUGUGCUUGUUAUAAAUCAGUGUUCUUUCUGUAGGCUAUAUUAAAAUUGAUUAUUUUUGUCUUGUAAUCCUGCAAUAUGAAACUUUUUUUAACAGAG